GUACUUGGCCUCUGUGUGCCUAAGGAAUGCAACGAAGAAGAUGUUUUUCAAAUGCUUAAUGAUCUUUCAAGACUUACCAAUAAAACUUGUUUGCAGAAAUCCUCUUGUGUUUUUCAUUCCGGAAAAACUUUAAACAGAUAUUCAACACUGAUGUCGCUUCAUCUGCCAUCACAUGUAUCAAUGGCAUUCGCACCAUCAGCAUGACAUGGGUUAUUUUGGGUCACACAUUUUAUUUUUCCAUGUAUUCUGCAUCAGAUAACAUUAUGGAUGCUUUGAAAGUGGUUCAUCGAUUAUCUUUUGAAGCCGUUGCCAAUGCCUAUGUUUCAGUGGAUACGUUCUUUUUACUGAGUGGCCUGUUGGUAUCCUACUUAUGCCUGAAGCGAUUUGAUAAGUACGAUGGAUCAUCCUUUCUCCGCUACUUUAGCAAGAAGUUCAUGCCCCAAUACUAUUUGCACAGAUUCUUGAGGCUUACUCCUAGCUACAUGUAUGUCAUUCUGUUCUUCAUUUUCAUCUUUCCAUUUUGCGGAGAUGGACCUCUUUGGUUUGAAAAGUCGAAAGGAAUGGAAAUACAAAAUUGUAAAAAGCACUGGUGGACCAAUUUGCUGUAUAUUAACAAUUUCUACCCAACCAGCAUGGGUAAUGAGUGUAUUGGAUGGUCAUGGUAUCUUGCGAAUGACAUGCAGUUCUACCUAAUCAGUCCAGCCAUUUUAUUAGUUAUGCACAAACUAAAACUGCCAGGUACUCUCAUUAUCAGCACUGCCAUUUGUAUCAUCAGUUUUGUUGUCACUGGCACUAUCAUUGGAGUGAAUAACUUAAACUCACUUCUCACCGGGGAUUUUCAAGGAGCUCAAAACGCCCAAACAAAAGAAUUUGCAGAUUGGAUUUAUUCGAAGCCAUAUUGCAGAAUCGCGCCUUACAUUGUUGGUCUAGCACUUGGUGGGUUGAUCUAUAACCGAAAAGCACCAGGAGGGAAUGCAAAAACGCUUUUAGCGUUUUUCGGCUGGACAAUAGCGACGGUGGUAGCCUUGUUAGUAAUAUACGGACCAUACACAUAUUUCAGAGAUGGAGGCAGGCCUUUUACGUCAGUUGAAAAUGUUAUGUAUGGGGCAUUCAGCCGAUUCGCUUGGAGUCUUUGUGUAGCCUGGGUAAUUUAUGCAUGUUAUUUUGGAAUGGGAGGCCUCGUCAAUACAAUCCUGUCUUGGAAAGCAUUCAUUCCCUUGAGCAGGUUGACAUAUAGCGCAUAUCUUGUCCACCCAAUUGUCAUAUACGUCUAUUACGGAUCGCUUGAACGGCCAUUUCAUUACUCUGACAUAUCAGUGGUGUAUACUCAUGCAUCAUUUCUCAUGCUAACAUACGGAUCGGCUUUUCUGUUAUCCAUCUUCGUCGAGUUUCCUGCCUCGAACUUGGAAAAGUUAUCUUUCAGGUUUUGAUUCUACAGAGCAAUUGCAAGCAACCAACGACAUUAUCUUCGAUUUUGAAACCUAUUCUUAAUAUUCAAAAUCGGCUUUUGUUUUCUUUUGUUUAACUUUUUAAAAGAAAUCGUGUUUGAUCAAUUCAUCAAAAAACGAUAUUUUUGCUUUGAACAUUAUGAAAAUCGAUCAUUAUAUAAAUCGAACAUGUUCUGUGCCUUUCGAAUGUAAGUUGCAGCUUAUAUUCCUGAUCGUAUUUUAAUCUUUUAGGUGAUACAUUUGAUUUUUGUAAUUUUUUAAUUAGACACAGGGUGUAUAGAUUUUGUUAUUAUGUCAUGUAUUUUCAAUAAGGUUUGCUAUUGGUGAGAAAUGUAAUUUUAGAACAAUAAUGGUUGACAACUGAUUUUAAAAGUAAGGUGCUUGUUAUAAAUAUAUAUAUCUUUCCUCAACAUUGAUGUUCAAAGAAGUUCAAUGUAAAGGGUGUCAUGUUUAUCAGUUAUGAUACAGAAAAUAACUUGAAGUUAGGACACAAAAAGGCAAAUAAAACUUUAAUAUGCAUUUGAAAGUAUUUGAAAAUGAUAGAUAAAAUUAUGUGAGUGUGAUACAUUUAGGGAUUAAGGGGGCAUCUUAUGGGACAUAUUUUGAUUUUGGGUUUGGCCUGAGAUGAACCCAAUCGCACACUCCGGUCUAUUUUAAAGAGAUACCAAAAACAGUUUAACCAAAGAUUAGCUACAUAUUUUUUUUGUAAACUACCCCCAUCAUCUUUUAUCAGAGAUAGAGUAAAAUUUAAGCAAAUUUAUGCAUAUUCAUAUUUCUAAGAAUCAAGAAUUUGGAACAUAGUCGUUAUUUAAUUAUCUUGCUACGCUCCUUGCCUCAAGCUAGAUAAAUAGGUUUUCUAUGAUAAUUGCGUUCAAUUAAAAAUUUCGGCUAUCGAGAUUCUACCCUAUUCUUUUGAUGAUAUUAACAAUUAACAGCUACAGUCAAAUCUGUGUAAUUCAAACUGUUGAGGGAAAUUGCAAAGCUAUUUGAAUUAGAAAAUGUUCGAUUAACAUCGUAUAGAGUUCUAGAUGUUUAUUUUCAAGGGACUUGAGAACUGAGUAAAAGUUCGAAUUACAGGAGUUGACUGUAGGUAGCAUGUUCUUAGAUUUAGCAGAAUUAUUAUGCUUAUUAUUUGCGCCUGAUUGUAAAUAUUGAUUCGUAGUAUCAUUAAUAUAUUUGUUUUAUUGUGAAUAUAGAAAUCAUCGGUACCUACUGCUGCUCUGUGACGUAGAGACCUGGGGCUAUAGCCAUUGGGUUCAGCUCCCGAAUUACAUAAGGACAUAUCGACCUUGUGUUUUGAAAUGCCAUAACUUCGGUAUUUGAGACCCCAUCUCUCUACUUCUUGAGCAACAGUUAACUCAUAGCAAGAUUUACUUAUGUUCUUCCGCUGAAAAAUUUUAGUUUUAAGACAUUCAUAAAUUUUUCCACUCACAUUGUUCGUAGCUAUGCUAACCAUUUUUUAUAACUGCAUGGUGUGAAUUUGUGAUAAUAUUUUGAAAUGAGAGCCUACUGAGACUGAUAUAAA